CGCGGCGCCGCGUCACUGCCGCCAUGGCGGCGCGGGGCCCCGGCCGCGUCUCCGUGCUGCUGCCCACCUACAACGAGCGCGACAACCUGCCCCUCGUCGUGUGGCUGCUGGCGCGCACCUUCGGCGACAGUGGGAUCGACUUUGAAAUUAUCAUCAUAGAUGAUGGAAGCCCGGAUGGGACACAGGAAGUUGCUCAGCAACUGGAAAAAAUAUAUGGAUCAGAUAAAAUACUUCUGAGACCCAGAGCAAAGAAGUUGGGCCUGGGCACUGCUUACAUUCAUGGAAUGAAGUAUGCCACUGGGGAUUUCAUCGUUAUCAUGGAUGCUGACCUCUCCCACCACCCAAAAUUUAUUCCAGAGUUUAUCAGAAAGCAGAAAGAAGGCAAUUUUGAUAUUGUAUCUGGAACAAGAUAUAAAGGAAAUGGAGGAGUGUAUGGCUGGGAUUUGAAAAGAAAGUUGAUCAGUCGUGGAGCCAAUUUUCUGACUCAGGUCUUGCUGAGACCAGGGGCAUCAGAUCUAACAGGGAGUUUCAGGUUGUACAGGAAAGAAGUCUUACAGCAGCUGAUGGAGAAGUGUGUUUCCAAAGGAUACGUUUUCCAGAUGGAGAUGAUUGUGCGGGCUCGGCAGCUGGGAUUCACCGUUGGGGAGGUUCCCAUCUCGUUUGUGGACCGUGUCUAUGGAGAAUCCAAACUGGGAGGCAACGAAAUUGUCUCCUUCCUAAAGGGGCUCUUGACCUUGUUUGCUACAACCUGAGAGUUCAUCCUAAAAUAAUUUUGCUAGACAAACAUUUUCUGAUGUCUGUGUAGAUUUAAACAUACAAUGGCAAAAGCUUGAUAAUUUGUGUGGUGGCCAGAAGACCUGCUGUGACCUAACAAUUAAACACCAUCACCAAUAAAUCAAACAUUCUGCAGCCCAGAAUGCUCCUUCCGACACAAAUGGACUGGAUGUUAAACGAAAAAUUAAUAAAGGCUAAUGCUUUUCUAUUUUUGUAAGAAUAAUUGUCUUAAUAAAGAACACAAAGCUAAAUGAUCUUUUGCAUUUGGAAAUGAAUCAUUAUCAGCAGAAGCUAUGGAUAAUUUUGAAAUAAAGACGAGCAAGGACAAAAAAA